AUGUCGAAUUGGAUAUCAUGUUACCAUCCUUCGACAAAUUCAUGGCAUCGACUGACAUCAAUUCCAGACCUUCUUGAGAACCAAGUUCUAAAGGGCUUUUCAAUUGUUUCAAUUGGCGAAACGAUUUACGUUAUAGGAGGAAGACAUUGUUACAAGGUUGUUGGUGAUGAACUUGACGAUUCUGUUCAUGAAAGGGACAUAAAUGUGCGAUCUUCAGUUCUUAAAUACAACACUCGGACGGAUACUUGGUCUACUUGUGCACCUUUAGUUACACAGAGAUAUAACUUUGCAUGCACUUGUAAAGAUGGUAAAAUUUAUGUUGCGGGUGGACAAACAACGUUAGACAGUGCCGAGGGUACUUGUUUUGCUGAAGUAUAUGACCCUGCUAUAGAUGAAUGGAAACCAUUACCAAAUAUGAGCACAUUGAGGUACAAAUCUGCUGGUGUGGCAUGGCAAGGUAAAAUUUAUGUGGUGGGAGGAUUCGCUAAAAGGGGAAACAGUGACAGCCAAGGACCAUAUAUUAUGGAAAGAAGCUCUGCUGAGCUGUACGAUCCACAAAAAGAAAAGUGGGAUUACGUGGCAAGAAUGUGGGACCUGGAUAUACCACCUAAUCAAAUAGUGAAUGUUAAUGGGAAAUUAUUCAGCUCAGGUGAUUGCUUAAAUGCAUGGAAAGGACAUAUAGAAGCCUAUGAUGAAAACCUAAAUAUGUGGAACAUUGUAGAUGGGUCACAUUCACCAAUAUCCACGUCAGAUGCCACGGAGGCAAUUACGUGUCCACCUAUGCAAAGAAUUUUUUGCACAAUGGCGCCUAUAGGGACUAAACUCUACUUCUUGGCUGGCUAUAAGAUGCAAGGGGAGAUAUCAAGAACCAAAACUGAAGUCCACGUGUUUGACACAUCAGCAACUGCUAAUGGCUGGAGAAGCUUCGAACCAAUUGAAGAAGAAGGAGAGAAGGAGCUUUGUAGUCAUUGUUGUGUUCUUAAACUGGAUUAG